CUUCAGCGACAUUAGAAGCAUUCCAUUAGCUUUUUUAUUUUUGCUGUGUGUCUGCAGAAAAAAAUUCAAUCUUUCGUCGGAAAAUUAAAGCAGAGUUCGUUUUUAGCUUUUGCUGAGAAGCAAAGAGAUCAAUUAAUUAGUAUUUUUUUUUUUCUUUUUUUCUUCUAACAUCAACUGGUGAUGGCGGUUGCGCCGGCAAGAGCUCGUUCAGACUAUGAUUACCUCAUCAAGCUUCUUCUCAUCGGCGACAGCGGUGUGGGGAAGAGUUGCUUGUUACUGCGUUUCUCUGAUGAUACUUUCACUACAAGUUUCAUUACUACCAUUGGGAUUGACUUCAAGAUAAGAACUGUUGAGCUUGAUGGGAAGCGUAUCAAAUUGCAGAUAUGGGACACUGCUGGUCAAGAACGUUUUAGAACUAUUACUACAGCUUAUUACAGGGGAGCUAUGGGUAUAUUGCUUGUCUACGAUGUAACGGAUGAAUCUUCUUUCAACAAUAUUAGGAACUGGAUGAAGAACAUCGAGCAACAUGCCUCAGAUAACGUCAACAAAAUAUUGGUCGGUAACAAAGCUGAUAUGGAUGAAAGCAAAAGGGCUGUUCCAACAGCAAAGGGCCAAGCUUUGGCUGAUGAGUAUGGAAUCAAAUUCUUUGAGACGAGUGCAAAAACAAACCUCAAUGUCGAAAAUGUUUUCCUUUCAAUCGCGAAAGACAUAAAACAAAGGUUGACAGAAACCGAUACAAAGGCAGAGCCACAAGGCAUCAAGAUCACUAAACAAGAUACUGCUUCCUCUUCUUCUACAACUGAGAAGUCAGCUUGCUGUAGUUACGUUUAGGAGUAUGAUCGCUCUUUUUCGCCUGCACUGGUCUUUACUGUCUUGCCAUCUUUUUCAUCUCUUACGUCUCAAAUCAGAGAUAAUUCUCAUGUUGUUACCUAGAACGAGUAGGAAAAUCUCAUUGAUGGCUGUGAUCUUUAUGUCUAAUUUGUUAUCUCCAUAAUUCCUGUACAAUGAUCUUCCUGAUAUGGAAGACUGUGUUGGUAAAAAAACUAUGUUAAAGACUUUGAAUUUAUGAAAAAUGAAACUGUUGUAGUGUGUAUAA